UCCCAAUCAUUCAAUCCGACACGUUCAAGUGAACACAACAGUUAAAAAGUAUCUAUUGGAAUACUGAAGUCACAAUAAAUUCUCACAGUUUUGAACUUGUGGAAUUUACGACUCAAAUAAGUUUUGAAAAAUCGCAGCGAGUGAGAAUUCUAACGAUUAGAAUAUACAGAAAGAUUUCGAAUUUGAGAAUUUCCUACAAUACAAAGAAAUGGAGAUCAUGAACAAUCACAUCGUUUCAAAAAUAAUUUUAGUGUUGUUAACAAGUGUGAUUAUGAGAGUUUGUUCAAGAGUCUUGCCCGGGUCAUCCGUGGAUGUUAUUUUAAUUGCACCAGAUGAACAUCAUGCAAAUGCAUACCUGGCACCAUUAUCGUUUGGUGAUGUUGCAGUUGAUGACACAAUCCCAGUUAAUACACAAUAUCGUCACAAACGUGAGGCCUACGAUCCAUAUGACGCAUAUUAUUUCUAUCCAAAAAGCUUGAAUCAACGGUCAGCCUAUUCGUAUGAUCGCCAAGAACCCGACAACUCAUACAUAAACAGACGUGAUGCUGAUGAAUCGAAUCGCAUCGAAGCACAAAAAGGACAGAAAUAUAAAUACACCCCGUUGUUCCAAUACAAAUCUACACAAUCACGACGCCGCAAAUUGUUCGUUCCAAAUUUGUUCGGUUAAACUUCAUCAGUUUUAAUUGUGUGUUUUUUUUUAAAUCAAGAACGGUAGCAACGCGGAAAGUAUGAAAAAUUUUACACAAAAUCGUUGUGUACAUUUUCUUCGUAAAUUUACCACGUGUAAUCUGUAUUAUUUGUUGAAUUUGUGAUAGUCAAUAACUGCUCAUCAAAAUAUUCAGCCCAUUUUUAUGCUAUUUAUAUGAGUGAAUUGGAUUUUAAAACGUUAAUUUUAACUUUAAGAGACAUGUAUAUAUUUCAUCUUUUUUUUUGUUCAGCAAAAUCAUUCCAUUUCAUUUUAAUUUAAGUUGAAUGUUUGUAAAAAAAUAAUUGAAAAGAAAACACUGUUAUAAAAAGAUAAAAAUAUUAAAAUAUAAAUUGAGAUAAAAUUGAA